AUGUCUUAUCCGAUCCCACCUAACUACUACCUGACGCCGGGAUGGAUCGUCACUCCUCCCCCGACUGACACGUCAAGCCGCCGCCAUCGGUACUCGUCCUCUUACCCGACACCGGCACCAGCGAGCAUCUUCAUCCCUUCACCGCCAGCCAACACAGUCCCGCUCCCCGGCCUUUCUGGUCCACCCAGUCCUGGUUUAGGCCCUGUCUACCCACACCCUGAUCCUCGAGCCCGCCGCCACUCAUUCGAUGCUUCCCAUGGCAUGUAUCCUCCCUCCAGCCCGUGGCCGUACCCGCCGAGCCCCUACUUGACGCCAUACUCUUCAUACUACAAUUCGCCUCGCGCACUUCCAAACCCGAUGCUGCAUGCACUGCUCGAUGGCACAGGCACUCUCGGCUCUAGUGCGCACGUUGAGGCGGAUUUGAGCGCAUAUCAUCUCGUCCUUCGCCAUCAUCGGCACACUCUUCCCUCUUCCGAUCGUGAUGCGCCCGCGACGAGCCCGGCGCUGGUUCGCCUCCGGAUCAUCUGCGACGCGAUCCCGCAGUGGCCAAUCGACAUUUCCCUUGUCGGCACGACGAUCACGCCGAGCCGUCCUGAGCGCCCGGCGGUGGGAUGCAUCACAGUUGGCGACGUGCUGCAUGCGAUUCACGCGGGCCUGCAAACGCAAAUCACGCACGACGAAUGGGCGCGGCUGACACCUUCGCAGGAGGUCGAGGUCUCACGAGCGUACACGCGCCGGUACAAGGCGUACGCCCCGGCAGAGUUUGAGGUUCGGCGGGGAGGAGUGAGGCGUAUCGACUACCUUGGGAAGAAGUGCUACUUCAAGGGCCUCGUCUGGCUCACACCCGAGAACGGCGUCGAGCGCGCGCGGCUCGUUCUCGACGACCACGCGUCCUCGUGA